CGCCGAUCAGCUCCUUCUCAUGGAGCACUUUAUCGGGACAUGAACACACACCCAUCACUCACUCCAGUUUAGCGCUCAGUUACUUUCCUUCCAUCGUUUGGGAUUAUUAGAUUUAUCCACGCGGACAGUGCGUUUGAGCUCAGGUCAGCAUGAGCAACAUCUACGAGUCAGCAGCCACCACACUGGGCCUCUUCAACAGUCCAUGUCUGACCAAAGUGGAGCUGCGUGUGGCCUGUAAAGGAAUCUCAGACAGAGAUGCCCUGUCAAAACCCGACCCCUGUGUGGUGUUAAAGAUGCAGUCCCAUGGACAGUGGUUUGAGGUGGACCGGACCGAGGUGAUCCGCAGUAGUAUCAGCCCUGUGUUUUCUAAGGUCUUCACAGUAGACUACUACUUUGAAGAGGUGCAGCGACUGCGCUUUGAGCUCCAUGACAUCAGCAGCAACCACAACGGCCUCAAGGAAGCAGACUUCCUGGGAGCCCUGGAGUGCACACUUGGACAGAUUGUGUCUCAGAGAAAAAUCUCUAAAGCGUUACUGAAGCAGGGCAACACAUCGGGCAAGUCUUCUAUAACGAUAACGGCAGAGGAAUUAUCUGGGAAUGAUGAUUAUGUGGAGCUUGCCUUUAGUGCCAAAAAGCUCGAUGACAAGGAUUUUUUUAGCAAAUCGGAUCCAUUUCUAGAAAUCUUCAGGGUGAAUGACGACGGUACUGGAUCAAUAGUGCACAGAACUGAGACCAUCAUGAAUAAUCUAAAUCCAGUGUGGAAGUCGUUCAAAGUGUCACUGAACACUCUCUGCAGUGGAGAUCAUGAGCGAGAGCUGAAGUGUACAGUGUGGGACUGGGACUCAAAUGGAAAGCAUGACUUUAUUGGAGAAUUCCAGACUACCUUUAAAGAUUUGAAGACAGCUAUGGAUGGAAAACAGAUUCAGUGGGAAUGCAUCAAUCCCAAGUAUCAAGUGAAGAAGAAGAAUUACAGAAACUCUGGUGUGGUGAUGCUGACUCAGUGUAAGAUAAUAAAGAUGCACUCGUUUCUGGAUUAUAUAAUGGGAGGAUGUCAGAUCCAGUUUACGGUGGCGAUUGAUUUUACUGCUUCGAACGGUGACCCGCGUAACAGCUGUUCCCUUCAUUACAUCCACCCGUACCAGCCCAACGAGUACCUCAAGGCCCUGGUGGCUGUGGGUGAGAUCUGCCAAGACUAUGACAGUGAUAAAAUGUUCCCAGCCUUUGGCUUCGGAGCUCAGAUCCCUCCAGACUUCAAAGUGUCUCAUGAUUUUGCUGUAAACUUUGAUGAGGACAACCCAGAGUGUGCUGGCAUUCAAGGUGUUGUAGAAGCUUAUCAGAACUGUCUGCCUAAGAUCCAGCUCUAUGGCCCCACUAACAUUGCACCAAUCAUCCAGAAAGUAGCCAACUCUGCUUCUGAGGAGAUGCACACGAAGGAGGCCAUGGAGUAUUUCAUUCUGCUGAUCCUGACAGAUGGAGUUAUAACAGACAUGGCUGACACACGGGAGGCAAUCGUACAUGCCUCCCACCUCCCCAUGUCUGUUAUCAUUGUGGGAAUAGGCAACGCAGACUUCAGUGACAUGCAGAUGCUGGAUGGUGACGACGGCAUUCUACGCUCACCCAAAGGAGAACCCGUCCUCAGAGACAUUGUCCAGUUUGUGCCCUUUUGUAACUUCAAACACGCUUCUCCUGCAGCGCUGGCUAAAAGCGUCUUGGCUGAGGUGCCCAAUCAGGUGGUGGACUACUACAACAGCAAAGGCAUCAAGCCCAAAUGUAUGUCUGACUUUGAGUCUUCCAGAGCCUUCAGUCCUUAG